GAGUAAAUGUUUAAUUAGCUUUUAAUUUAGUCAUUUCUUCGCGUCGGUGUUUUGCAGUAACCUGUUGCGGCUGUUUCUUUAAAAAAUGCAAACAAUUAACAAUAUUUUGCUUAUUAGAUGAAAAUAUCAUCUCUUGAGUCAGAAAAUUUUUGAAGCCACUUAAUCAUAUCAGAUGUUAACGCAAAUACGUGUGCCCCCUUAACGAUAUCACACCUAUUGACUACUGAGCCCGGAAAUUCCUGUUUUCUACAUUUAAACCACAUUUUACAGCCUGAAGCAUGGCUGUCUUCAAAUGUUUGGGUGCUAGUUUCAACGACAAGGAUUCCACCUUAAAAAAGGCUGGCAAGAAAGAACGUCUUCCCAUUGGGCAAAAGUUUUCACACGGAGUGGGCCAUAUUUACAAUGAUUUGACAGCUAAUGCAUGGUUCAGCUAUUUAAUAAUUUUCCUCACCAAGGUCGCAGGGUUGUCAAACUUUUAUGCCGGGCUGGUCAUACUCGCCGGUCAAAUAACUGACGCGACUUGUACACCAUUCAGCGGAUUUCUAAACGAUCGCACAGUAAAUACAUAUGGCCGGCGUAAAACUUGGCAUUUAAUUGGAACAGUCUGCAGUACACUAGCCUUCCCUCUUUUGUUUAACCGAUGUCCCGGUUGCCAGGAUAGCAGUGAGGCAGUAAAGCUCACGUACUACGUAAUCUGUGGUUGUGUUCUUCAGUUAGGCUGGGGAUGUGUUCAAGUCAGUCAUUUGUCGCUGAUACCAGAAAUAUCCAAGUCAGCGGGUGAACGGGUCGAGCUGAAUGCUAUUAGGUCCGCUCUUACAUUUCUUUGUGGCAUCUACGUUUAUGGAGUCACGUGGAUUCUUCUUGGUCAAAGCAAUGAAGAGACACUUUCCCCGAAUGUUUGGAAGCAAUUUAUGUAUCUGGGUUUUAUUGUGGUGGGAACUGGUACGUUGUUUAAUAUCAUUUUCCAUGUUGGAACGAGAGAACCUCCUUCAGAAGCCUUGUUGGAACGGCAGAAAAAACGAGUCCAGGGUACCAGUGAAAGAAAAGCUCUUCUCAAAGUUGAUUGUGAUCCUUCACCUUCGGCUUGUCGUUCAUCUCAGCGAGUAACCACUCGUGUAUGCGGAAAAUCAGAGACAGCAUCAUCCUCAUCGUGCAGUGAUGAGAUCACCUCCAUUGAAUCAACACUGGUAGAAAAACAGGCGGAAUCUCCGGGUCAGUAUGAUAUUAUCGAUAGAAGUGCAGCAAAAGGAGGCCAAAAAACUUGGAAAGACUGGUUAAAAGACCCCGCGUUUUAUAAGACUGGUUUAGUUUACACUUGCAGUAGACUUGUUGUAAACGUGUCUCAGUCAUAUUUACCACUUUACCUGACGGAAACACUCAAGUUUGAAAAGGAAGCUAUCGCUUAUUUUCCUCUUGUGGUGCUGAUUAGUGGUGUAUUUGCCAGUGGAACGGUCAAACCACUGAACAAAAGGCUUGGCAGUAAAAUAACAUUUUCCUUGGGAUCUAUGCUAGCCAUGAGUGCUUGCUUUUGGUUCUACGUUCAAGACAUUAAAGGAAAGAAUAUUGUUUACGUCACUGCAGUUAUUAUGGGAUGUGGGGGAUCUGUUAUGUUAGUGACGUCAUUGUCUCUUAUAGCAGAGCUGAUUGGUCAUGACAAGAAAUCCGGCGCUUUCGUUUACGGAACAAUCAGCUUCACGGACAAACUGUCCAGCGGUGUCACCAUUGCCAUAAUUCAAGAAUUGAAUCCGCGUACCAACAUGACUGCGGUUUGUCCAUCUUGUGAUGAAUUUGUGAGAAACGUCCAAAGUUUCGCUCCAGGGCUGGCUGCGCUGGUUGCUCUAGUCUCCAUUAUGCUGUUUUUUGAUUCAGUCUUCGUUUGUAAGAGAAAAGUGGACAAAGUUGACAUGGCCGUACAGACAGGCGAUGAAAGUUAUGAACAAAGGAAGAGCUGUGAAAUCGCAGAAUGCUACGAGGAAGUGGAAGAAGAGAAAGAAUGUGAUAAAUCUUUGAAAUUGGAUCGCGAUCUCGAGAAGAAUUCAUCUGGAACAAGAAAUGUUUUUGGGGUCCCGCGAGCCAUGAACAACUAUGCUGCCAGUAGGUUGGCCUCUCCUCUGCUACCGUCACCAUUACUGGACCGACGCACCGUGUUGUAAUCAGCUUAUUCACUAGUUUUUCUCUGAUGACUACAGAACACUAUAUUGCACAGUGGGUAAACAACAGAAGUACGUUACUUAUGUCAAUAAUGCAUCAAGCUCCUAUUACGUGCACUAUGUUGCCAGGGCACACUAUGUAUUAUGUUAUUACUAUACGUUAGUUGUUCUAAACCCUAAGGGCACAAGAAAUAACCUUUAAACAUUAUUUUUGUCCGGUCAAUAGAACCGAAAAAGUCCAGUUUAAGUCGUAGAAAAACAUGUCAUCUUGGACACUUUGCGUCGGGAAACCUUUACAGUGGCACAAUAAAUUUUUCUAAGUUAAUUAAACCGAGAAAUAAAAGGUGAAAGAAAAGAUUUGAAAAACCAAGUACAUUCCUCGAAGGAGGGGUACUGAAUUUCCUUACCAGCUGGCAGCAUGUGGAAAAAUAACAAGAAGAUUGACAUGAAGUUUAACACGACUGGACUGAAAACAAUAUCAUGACUUAUUCUUGGUCGUCGGAUUUAGUUUGUAUUGUAAUUCUAACAUGGAUUUCUGUAAGGGAUGAAUAAUAUAAAAAAGGUAAAGGGCUGUGUAAUACGACGUCAUUGACAAACACCUAAGGUAUACUUUGCCUAUGUAAACAUAUGAGUUGCAGUCGGUCUAGUUGCUAUGACUUCCCAGCGAAAGUACUACUUUACUUAGUCUAAUACCUCAAUUCCUUUGUUUUGUUUUGUUUUGGUUUUUCGUUUUUCAAUUUCGAUGUAUUUCCAAUCCUUUCCACGUAUAUCUAUUAGGCAUUGCUGAGAGAAUAAAUGGUAUAAUGGAAAGCGUAUGUUUUCCCAGUAAUGAAACCAACGAAG